AUCCCCACAGCCUGUGAUGUAAAGUAGCUUUGCGCAAUGCCACUGCACACAGGCCCCUGUGGAAAGGGCCCUCCCGUGGGAAGGGUAUAAAUCCAGCUGCAAUCACUACACCCCGCACCAGGGAAAAGAGGAGCUUGCUGGAGGGGGGACGGUGUCGGAGGGGUGGCACACACCAGGGCCAAGGCAACAGGCACCGUGGAAUCAAGUUUACAGCAUGAAUCUGGCAGCAGAACUGCUCUGUUUGCUGGCGUGCCUCACCACACUGACUUGUGACCGGGUCUAUGUCCACCCUUUCAAUCUGUUUUCUUUCAAGAAGGGUACCUGUGAGGAGCUGGAAAGCCAGGUUCCGGAGGGAAAGAAAACCUUUGUACCCGUCUCCAUUGAGUCCCAAACCACACCUGCCUACGAAGAUGACCUGAACAAGGAUAAGCUGGAGGCCCCAGGCCGGAGCAGCCAGGGGCAGCAGGCACUGAGCUACUUAAAGGAGUUUGUGCACUUCCUGGGCGUGCAGUUUUACAGCACCCUGCAGGAAGCACGGCGGGACCAGAACCUGCUCCUGUCCCCAACCAGCCUUUACGGCUCCUUGGUGUCUUUCUACCUGGGUGCCUCAAACCAGACGGCAGCUGAUUUGCAGGGAUUGCUGGAAUUUGUUCCCCCCUCCGGAGACCCCGAUUGCAUCUCCCGGGUGUUUGGGCAGGAAGUCUUUUCCAUCCUCAGGAUGAUUGAAAACCUGGUCAAGAGCAGGGACGAGGAGCUGCAGUUUUCCAAGAUGCUCUGCCUGUUCUCUGCCCCUGGUGUGCCUCUAUCCCUACUGUUUGUGCAGGACUUGCUCCCUUCUGCUGAUGCUCUCUACGCCCGAGCUGUUGACUUUACAAACCCAAGCGAGGCAGUAAAGCAAAUAAAUGCCUUCAUGGAGGCCAAAAGCAAUGGCCAAAGCAAGUGCUUACUGACAGAUGUUGAUCCAUCUGCUGACCUGCUGUUUGCAGUGGAUGUCCGCUUGGCAGUGAAUGUUAAGCAAGCCUCCCGGCUCGAAGAGGCUCAGGAGUUCUGGGUGGAUUCAAAUACGAAGGUCAUGGUCCCUAUGCUGUCAUUUGUGGGGACAUUCAACUACAAAACUGAUGCCAGUGGGACUUUUUCUGUGGUCGAAGUGCCCAUCAGCAAGACCAUGCUGCUGGUGCUGCUGCAGCCCAUCAAUGACAGCAAAGUAGAGCUGCCAUUGCAGUCCUUGGCGUGGCUCCAGCAACUCUCUCCAAGAGAAAUUAAAUUAACACUGCCAGAGUUAACAAUAGAAGGCAGCUCCGAUCUACAGGAACUUCUUGCCAAUAUGGAACUGCCUACACUGCUGGGGAAGGGAGCAGAUCUCAGUAGAAUAAGUGAUGCCAAUCUCACAGUUGGAAAGGUAAUAAAUAAAGCCUUUUUGAAACUGACCAGUGAUGGAACAGGUCAGCCAGAGAACCCCACAGCACAGAAGGAAGAUGCGGUGUUCCUGGAUGUUACGCUGAACAAGCCGUUCCUUUUAGCUGUUUUUGAAGAGAAGACAAGGGCAAUGCUUUUCCUUGGCAGAGUCACAAAUCCUCUGCAAGGGGUUUAAAGGCAAGCACAGGGGAUGCCAAGGGUGGGGAAUGAUGCACAUUUCCCAUCACCUUUUUCUUAUUCAUCAGCUAUUUUUAUAACCUCAUUGAGUGCUCUACUUAGCUUUGAGAUGAAGCACGUAGUGUUUGAAAUACAGCUUUUUGAAAGCUAAAACAUUGCAACAUUUCACCCCUGUUCAUCUAUUUCAUGUGAAAGGACCCAAACUCUCCUCCCGCUUCUUUCUUUAUCCCCACUUUGUCUCCUUUCUGCCCCCAGCUCCCUUUUUUGAUGCAAUGGGGACAAAGUAGUAGCCAGCAGGGCAGUGACUUCAAAUACAGUUUUAUAAGCAUACACAUUUACUAUGGAAAGGUACAGAAAAGAACCUCUUCAUUCUUUAAGAGGUCACCUUGUAAUUUUUUUUUUGUCAGUUUUGCAAGAGAGACCCCUUUUUAUGUUAAAGAUUUACUGUUACCCACAGAGAUUUCUAGCUUCAUCAGCAACAUUUUCCUUUAACAUGCUGCCAACAGCAUGGGCAAGCUUCGCUUGUCCCACUGAGACAAGAUUUUUUGCCUUGGAAGCAAAAACACAUUCAGAGUUUCUUCUUCCUGCAGCCCAGAUGGAUACUUUAAUUUCUUAAGUCUGUGGAAAAAGCUAAAAAAAGGGUUUGGAAGCAUUAAUGAACUGUGAUGGAUAAAUUCUCAUUGCCUGACAAAAUUAUCCCCAAUUUUUU